AUGAAAAUGAACGAUUUAGUGAUACUUUCAUUAUUUUUUAGUGUGUCAAUUUUUGCACAUGAAUCAACUUUCCGUUUGUCCAAAGAAGCAAUACCAGUUCAUUAUUCGUUAACAAUCAGACCAGAAUUUGAUGAGGAAGUAUUCCAUGGAGAAGUUUUGAUUUAUUUAAGGACGACGGAUAAUCUGCAGAAUAUUACUUUGCAUAGCUCUCAACUCAAUAUCACCGAGUUGUAUAUCAAUCAACGAAACGCCUCAUUCGAACAUGGACCAGAUGAAAAACUAGUCAUUAAAUAUGAAGAAGAAGACAUUCAGCCAGGAGAGCAUACUUUGUUCAUCAAAUAUUCUGGAAAGCUGGUGGAAGACAAUGUUGGUUUUAUAAAAGCCCCAUAUGAAUAUAACGGAAAACAAGGGUAUAUUUUCGUGACUGAUUUGGAGCCGAUAGUUGCCAGAAAAGUAUUUCCAUGUUUUGAUGAACCAUCGUUCAAAGCGAAGUUCAAUGUACGAUUGAUUUCUCCAAAUGAUACAUAUAAAGCAAUAUCGAAUAUGCCUGAGAUCAAAAAAUUCUCAACCCCUGCUGGUGUAGUUUAUGAUUUUGCUACCUCAGUUAAGAUGUCGACAUAUUUAUUAUCAUUCGCUUUCACUGAGUAUCCAUAUCACGAAGGUAUUUUAGAAGAUCACGGAAGAAAUGUAUCCAUAAGAAUUUAUACCUACAAUGCUACUAAGGAAAACAACGAUUUUGCAGUGGAAUGUACAAAAAAAGCGAUACAAUUUUACUCGGAUUAUACGGAUAUAGCAUAUCCAUUGCCCAAAUUAGAUAUGAUUGAGUACAAAAGGUUAGAAACUGCAGCUACUGAGAAUUGGGGACUUAUCACCUUCAGGGAAGGACUACUGACUCCAAGUCUACACAUAUACUCUAAAUCUCAGAUAAGACUUGUCGUUUAUCAUGAGCUCAGUCAUUUUUGGUUCGGAAACAUGGUAACCAAUGAUUGGUGGAAUGAUCUUUGGUUGCAGGAAGGAUUCGCCACAUACAUGAGCUACAAACUUUUGGCUAAAGACUUCAAUACUAUCCAGGUUUCAGAAAUGAAGGACUUCCAAAACGACGAAUACUUCGAAACUGAAAUUUACAAAAGCAGCUUACCAAUUGUAUCACACGUAUCCAGACAAUCAGACAUCUCGAAAAAAUUCCAUAGCGUCGUCUACGAGAAGGGUGCGGGAUUACUCCUCAUGCUGGAAGAUGUGAUAGGAGAGGACAAAUUCAGGCUGGCAAUUCAGACAUAUCUCAAACGACACGCGUUCGGAACCGCUACCACCAAUGACUUCAUAGCGGCCGUUGAGGAGACUGUGCCUGAUGUUCCACUGCGGUCUUUCCUAGAGAGUUUUCUGUAUCAGAACAAAUUCCCGAUAAUAUCAGUCAACAGAACGGCCGACAGAACUUACAUAUUGAGUCAGAAAGUUUGUGAAGUUGUAGCAGAGGAUAAACCAUGGGGGCAAAGGUGGACUAUCCCUGUCACUUAUAUCACGGACCAAAAUUCUUCACCUAAACUUGUAUGGCUUGACAGAGACAUGAUUAGACUGGAAAUUGACGAAAAAGAUGCAAAAUGGAUUAUUUUAAACCCCCAAGGCAAAGGAAUGUACAAGGCCGUAUUAUCAACAGACAUGUGGAAAGAAAUUGCAGCAGUAUUUGGGGACAUGGAUCAACAAUUAGCAGACACUGUGAUAUCAGAUGCGUAUUACUCAUUUCGUUUCAAUAUGCUCAGUUGUGACGUCAUAAUCGAUUUGAUGAAGAAGAUUCAGAAACCUUACAUCACAAAAUGGACCCUACUGUUUCCAUUUUAUGAAUAUCUUACAGAAAGUCUCGUAUGCGGAAAUCAUAUGGAAGCGUCAGAAAUGUUUUGGAAAUUCAUAAGGAAGAGAUUUGUUGAAUCUGGAUACAAGAAGCGACCAAAAUUGAAGAGAGCAUCGAGAUGUGAUGAAGUGGAUAUACUGAAAGAUCACGACUUAUCUAACAUAAAACAAUGUGCAAAAUGGAUUGAGGAACACCUACAAAACUUUUCAAAUGUGAUUGUCAAUGAACUUGUGUCCAAUUAA